AUGUUUGUUAAUGAGUUGUGUGAGUCAUGUUCAACUCUCAAUAAAUGUAUCAGUUGCUCUGAUGAACUCACAUGCCUGCAUUGUGUCGAUGGAUAUUAUCCAGACGAUGGAAAGUGCAAGUCGUGUCUCACAAUCAAUGGGUGCAAAACAUGUUCGUCAACAUCAAAGAAAUGUCACACAUGCAAAGAUGGGUAUUACCUCGACAACGAGUGUAAAUUGUGUAGUGAAGUUUUCAGUAACUCUGCCACGUGUACAUUGAAAAAAGUUCUAUCGUGUCAGCCACACUACUUUUUGAAGAACAAUCGAUGUGUUGGGUGUGACGCAUUGUUUGGUUGUUCAGAGUGUGAAAAUGAAACAAUGUGCACAAAAUGCAACGAUGGACUCAAUUUGUACAACAAUGGAAGUACUCAAAUGUGUUCUCAAGAUUGUGACAUUACAAAAUGUGUUAAGUGUGAUAUCAAUGGAAUUUGUGAGAUGUGUGAAGAGCCAUACACUCUCGACAAAGCAACCAACAAGUGCAAACUGUGCUUUGAUGAACACCAAAAUAGUGGCAAAUGUUCAACAACAGAAAAUUUGAUUGAAUUUUGUGAAUCAAAAAGAUUUUAUUUAAAUAAUGGAAUGUGUCAACAGUGUAACACCACGUUGAGUGACUGCGUUUUGUGUGACAAUUCAACAACUUGUAUAUUGUGUUCCACUGGAUUUUUGUUGGAUGUAAACAAUAGUUGUGUUGCAAAAACGACUUCGAUGAGCAUUAAAAGAGCAACAAACUGCGAAUCCAAUCGACAGAUAUUGGAUACUGAAGGAAAUUGCGUUGAAAUUGCAGCAGACGAGUUCAAAGUGUCAGACAGUGUCAGUAUGAAGUGUUUUAAUUUGUUUUAUGGGUGUUAUUCAUGUGACUACAAACAAAAUUCGACAGUUGACGUUGACAAUUUGGAGUGCUCUGCUUGUCAAAGUGGCAUGGCGUUUGAGUCUCGAGAACACAAGAAAUGCGUGACAACAACAAAUUUGAUAGACAGUGAGGGGUAUAAAAUCGAGUGUACCACGGGAUGUUCGACUUGUACGAACGGAACGAAUUGCCAAUACACAAAAUCGUUUGAGUUCACAGCUCGUUCAGAUGCAAAACUUUCAUACAAGAACCACAAAUACUGUCAGAAGUACCAAGAAGGGUUUGGGUGUGUGGAAUGUUCAAACUCAAUCAAUUUAAAUGGAAUUUGUUCCAAUAUGGAACGAACACAAAAAUGCUCGUUUUAUUUAGAAAAUGACAACACUUUUGAGUGUGAAGGAUACAUCGAACCUUCAAAGACUAAAACACAUGCUACAUUAAAGAAUGACGAUGUUGGAUGUGAGGUGUUAUCGAAUGGACUUUAUAUAAAGUGUUAUUCUAAAUACUUUUUGAAUAAAGAGUAUCCGCCAAAAUGUGAGUCCUGUAGUAACAAUUGUCUGACUUGCACAACACCAACUACAUGUCAAGUGUAUUCGAAUGGGUUUUCUCUGGUAAAUGGAAGUUGUGUUUCACUUUUAAAUUGUUUAGUAUCAACACCAAGUGGAUGUACUGUGUGUAAUGAAGGGUAUUACCUAUUACUUGGUUCAUGUAAAAUGUUAAGUGAAAUUCACUGCAAAUUUGUUGUAAUUACAGCAAACAACGAGGUGCAAUGUGCGUUAUGUGAAGAGAACUACAUUUUGAGUGACACACAAUGUGUUGAUAUGUCGAUUGCGCAUUGCCAGAGUGUCGAUUUAUCAACUUCAAAAUGUGCUAUUUGUGAAGAGAAGUACAAAUUUGAUGAAACCAAAAAAUGUGUUUCAAUGGAAACGACGCAAUGCUCAUAUUCAUCAUCGGGCGAUUGCCUUCAAUGUGAUGCACAAAUUUCACUUGGAACAUCCAAUGAAGGUGAAUCGAUUUGCAGCACCGAAGUAAAGACGAUUUACUGCAAAGAAAACAGCAACACGGGGUGUGCCAAGUGCUUUGAUGGGCAUUAUCUGAGUGGCACCGAAUGUCUUCCGUGCGAUAAGAAGUGUUCAAGUUGUUCUAAAAAUGCAGAGAGUUGUGUUACAUGUGCUUUUGGGUAUUAUUAUGACAGGACAAGCAACGAUUGUAUUUAUGUUGGCGAACUUGCUGAGAAGUGCAAACUGUUCUUACUGAGUGGUGUUGAUUGUGCUGCAUGCAACGAGGGGUAUAUCCUCAACAAUACAGAUUGUGUAAAAUGUGACGAGAAGUGUUUGAGUUGUGUGGGCAACGUUUCAAAUUGUGUGAAGUGCAAUGUUGAAAAUGGGUAUUAUGAAGACGUCGAAUUUACAACAAUUGAAGAUAAGAAGUGUGUCAUCAACACAACACUUGACAAUUGUGAAUGGGUUUCAGAGUAUGGGUGUGCCACGUGUCAUGAUGGGUAUUAUAAAAACAAAUAUUACAAAUGCUCAAAAUGCAAUUAG